UUUCUGACUGCCAUCGAAUUAUUCCAAUUAAACGGUCGCUCAUACCCGCUGUUCGUCGGCAGAAAACCUGAACCCUAGCCAUGGUUUGUAUCCGCCAAGCGACAAUGGACGAUCUCCUGGCGAUGCAGGCCUGCAAUCUGAUGUGCCUUCCUGAGAACUACCAGAUGAAGUACUACUUCUACCACAUCCUUUCGUGGCCGCAUCUCCUAUUUGUCGCCGAGGACUACGGCGGAAAGAUCGUCGGCUACGUCCUCGCCAAGAUGGAGGAGGAAUCUUCCGAGCCCUGCCAUGGCCACAUCACGUCUCUCGCCGUCCUCCGCACCCAUCGCAAGCUCGGUCUCGCCACCAAGCUCAUGAACGCUGCGCAGAACGCCAUGGAGGGCGUCUUCGGUGCUGAGUACGUAUCGCUGCACGUACGCCGCAGCAAUCGCGCCGCUUUCAAUCUUUACGCUUCCACCCUUGGCUACAAGAUCCACGAUUUGGAGGCCAAAUACUACGCUGACGGGGAGGACGCAUAUGAUAUGAGGAAGCAGCUUAAAGGAAGGCAGCAGCAGCCCAUCACUCGUAGCCAUCACCAUCAUCACCAUCAUGGUGGUGGGUGCUGCUCGGGCGAGGCUAAGCCGGUUGUUGAUGUUUCUGGAGUUGCUACAUCUUCGUCAGAGGGGAAAGGUUCUUCCUUGGAGAACUAAGGUGAAUAAUUACGGUAAAGUUUGCGCAGAUCAUCUAUGGGAGAAUUGUAUGUUUUGUUCUGUUAAGGAUUUUUGGUAUGAAUAGCGUCAUGGAUAAAUUUUUUCCGCUUUGGAAGUUGAAUAAUUUUGACUGGGGAUAUUGUCUUUAGCUUUUUAACUUGUUUA